AGUGCUCUAAUUAACCAGUUUGUUAGCCGAAAUAUGACGGACUCGGAUGAUUUACUGGCGCUCCUGCAGCGGCCAUUGGAACCUACAUUCCUACCGAAAAACGGUGGCAAAACCGUUAUCGAUUUACCGGAUGAUUACCUUACCGACCGUUACCGUCCGAUUGGAGCCGAGCUGCAGUCACGCUUCACGAAUGAUGCCGAACAGAGGAUUCCCGUUCGAGGCGUAGCACCUCCAGAUCUUUCCUUCGCCAACGGAAUCGAUCGACGUGGAGCCUUCUCUUUGUUUGUACCGAAGCAUCGGGAUGCAGCGGCCGCUUUGAUCAAUCUGUUCCUCACUCAGCCCGAUGUAGCUUCAUUGAUGAGCGUCGCAAGUUUCUGCAGAGAUCGUCUGAACACGGUACUGUUCCAAUACGCUCUUGCGGUAGCGAUUCAGCAUCGACCGGAUACGAAGGAUGUCAACAUACCAUCGAUCGUCUCUCUGUUUCCUGAUCAGUUUGUAGAUCCCGCUGUUUUUCCGAAACUUCGCGAAGAAGGAUCCGUCGUCCAGCAGGCGAAUCGAAUGGUGAUUGAUGUUCCACCGAAUUAUACUGCUUCCGAUCGAGAGGACGAACAGCGGCUUGCGUACUUUCGCGAAGAUAUUGGUGUAAAUAUGCAUCACUGGCAUUGGCAUCUGGUCUAUCCGGGUGAUGGUCCGGAUGCGGUUGUUCGUAAAGAUCGUCGUGGUGAAUUGUUCUUCUAUAUGCACAGUCAACUGAUUGCGCGUUACAACAUUGAACGUUUCUGUAAUCAACUGGCCAGUGUAAAGCACUUCAACAACUAUCGCGAAACAAUACCGCAGGCAUAUUUCCCCAAGAUGAUCCGAAGUUCGAACAACCGCUCGUAUCCAGGAAGACAUGCCAACAUUGCUCUUCAAGAUGUUAAUCGCAUUGACAAUGGAACGAUCGUUCAGGUUCAGGACUUGGAGCAGUGGCGUGAUCGUAUUCUUGAAGCUAUUGAUCAAGGGUUCAUACUGGAUUCUAACGGGAAUAAUAUUACACUCGAUGAGGUGAAGGGAAUUGACAUUUUGGGUGAUAUUAUUGAAGCUUCAAGCUUAACCCCGAACCGGCGGUUGUAUGGAAGCUUGCAUAAUAUGGGACAUAAUGUCAUCGCGUACAUUCACGAUCCAGACUACCGCUACCUGGAGGACUACGGUGUAAUGGGAGACGUAACAACGGCUAUGCGUGAUCCUAUAUUCUAUCGUUGGCAUGGAAUGAUCGAUGAAAUCUUUCGUCGUCACAAAGAUCGUUUGAAUCCAUACAGCCCUGCUCAGUUAUCGUUCCCAGGUAUAACUGUAAACUCAGUUGGAGUUCAACUGAACCGCUCUAAUACACCACCUAACGUUUUGCUGACCUAUUGGCAGAGAUCGCAGGUAGAUCUUGCUUCCGGGUUAGACUUUGGUCCAGAGGGCAAUGUAUUCGCUUCAUUCACUCAUCUGCAACAUGCUCCGUUUUCUUUCCGAGUGGAAGUUAACAAUGAUACCGGAGCCGUCCGUCGAGGUACUUUGCGAAUCUGGAUAGCUCCCAAUGUGGACGAGCGUGGCACGCCACUUACAUUCCGUGAACAGCGAUUGUAUUUUGUCGAAAUGGAUACCUCAACUGUUACGUUAAAUCCUGGUACGAACACGAUCGUUCGUCGAUCAGAUCAGUCCAGCGUCACAAUACCAUACGAUCGCACCUUCCGCGCUGUUGGUAAAGCAUCUACGCCAACUGAUCCGAAUGCAUUGGCUCAGUUCCGCUUCUGUGGGUGUGGUUGGCCGCAGCACAUGCUUGUCCCAAAAGGAGCCGCCGGUGAAGGUGUUCAGUUUGACAUUUUUGCCAUGGUGACGGACUACACGGACGAUGCUGUUAGUCAAACUACCGAUCAACUUGGUCCCUGUGAUGAUGCCCACUCGUUCUGCGGUCUACGCGACAAGCUGUACCCGGAUAAACGCGCUAUGGGCUUCCCGUUCGAUCGUUCAACGGCGGCCUCAGUAGUCAUGCUGCAAGACUUUGUUGCUCCAAACUCGAACAUGAGAACUAACACCAUCCAAGUGAAGUUUAGCAACACAACUAUCGCACGUACCUAAAUUUCCUUUAUAGCUCACAACUCUCACGCUUAAUAAA